GUCACACGUGUGUGAUGUGAUGCUGAGCGUGUGCUCAGUCACAGUCAUUGAUCCCAGCAUCAGGCAGCAGAUCUGCUCUCUCUACAGGGUCACCACUUUCCCACAUUCACACAGAGCUCUGUGAGCUUCUCUCCAUCACCCCCCCAGUCCUCCACCUGUUCCCCUGAGAUCUAACCAUUGUCCCCCAGGCCAUCACACACUUCACGCUGCGAUAUCCUCUAUUGUCUCACCAAGCUCUGUGAUUGGCUGAGAGUGUGAGAAACUCCAGUCAGACCAAGACCCACACAUUCAUAUGGAGAUGUGGGACUAUAAAUAGGAGGGAUGAAGCCAGCACAGAGCAGAUUCUCUCUGCAGAGACCUCUACAGCACAGAGAUCCACCCAUGGCACCUACUAUCACUGCAGCAAUGACCAAUGCUCAGGAGCAUCUGACUCUGAACCACAAGCUCAGAAAGCCUCUGGUGGAGAAGUUACGCAGGGAGCGAAUCAACAGCAGCAUUGAGCAGCUCAAGUCUCUGCUGGCUCCAGAGUUCCUCAAACAGCAGCCAGACUCCAAGCUGGAGAAAGCAGACAUCCUGGAGAUGACAGUUUGUGUCCUGCAACGACUGCAGCAUCAACAGCAGAGAAGACUGAUGAAGAACUUCAGCAAGCUGCAGUCUUCCUCUGAGAAACACCUGACAGAUGCUGACUUCUCUCUUCUGAGCUCCACAGUCCACAUCAGCAUCACCAAAGACAAGAGUCCAGUCAGCAGCGCCCCCUGGAGGCCGUAG